UGUGCGCAUGUGUGCGUGUGUGAGAAUUUGUUGGGUUGUCGCAAGGACGAAACAGCUCGCUCGCCCGAUUUUCCGAAAUUGUGGUGCAACGGAGCAUCCGGAGUGUCCGCGGGCGGUCGUAAACGGCGCCGGAAGUGUCCGGCGAUCGUACGGUGUCGGAGUACGAUCAUCCCAAGCGCAAGUGAACAGUUAAAGUGGAAAACAAAUUUUCUUCUGACCCGUAUAAGGGGCGCAUCCCGCAAGAAGCCCUCUGCGGUGCGCCAGAGCGAGAGCGUGUGUGGUGCUCUUUGUGUGCCGUGUCUCGUUCGCUCUUGCGCACGCGCACGCCCAGAUUGUGGAUGUGUGUGUGUGCUGUUCGAAGCCGAGCGGGGAAAACUUGCAUCGAAGCACAGUGUGGAGUGCGUGUGUGUGUAUGCGUGAUUGGUUAAAGUGUGUGUUUUGUGCCGUCGCGGGAGGCUGCGGGCAGCGUGGCCACCUCCCGCAUCUCAUCCGCUGCUUUGAUUGUGCGCUGCGGUUGUCGCUGUGUGUGUCAUGGCGCGUCUCGUAUCAUUCGCGUACGCUGGCAAGAAGAUGGUCCAGGGCGGUCGGUGCGAUCAGAAGGGAGGUGAUAUAAAAUAAACAUCUCCAUUGACGCGAAGUGACAACGCGCGGUGGCUGCUGCGUUGGUGUGCCGCGGCCAAGAAAGGUGCAAGAAGUAUGCCGAAACAAAAGUCAGACCUCCUCUAUCCAUGGUGGUGACAUCGGAAGUGAGUGGUUAAGAAAGCAAGGGAAAGAGGUACUAACCGCGGAAAAGUGUCAUUUCCGCGGAUAGAGAAAAAGAGUUGCGAGAAAGAGAGCAGUGAGCGCAACCCCGAAGUGGUGGUACAAAUUUCAGACCGACGAAUAAUCGUCGCUUGCUACAAUCAAAGCCAAACGCCUCAAAAGGUUCGAAGGAAGGUGAUUUAACUGGUCCCUCGGUGCGUAUCGGGCACAGGGAGGUACAUCGAACGCAUCGAGCAGAUUUUGGUUUCGGUGGAAAAAGUGUUUGCAAUCCGUCUCGAAUACAGCUUCACCGUCGUGUGGUCAAAUCGCGACUCGCAGUUGCGUGCGGGGCGGGCGGGGUGCAUAUGUGCAUUCGGUUGUGCAGCGUCAAAGUGAGCGCUGUUGUGGUGAAAGAGUGAAAGAAAACAAAACGGGCAUGGCAAUUGCCAAUGCUCGACAAAUCUGAAUCCGCUUCUAAGUGAGUGCGUCGGGGCUUUGGUCGAGGCAACAGCUCGGUCUUGGAGUGUGGUGCAAGGGCCCUAAAUUCUCGUACCACGUUCUUUUUUCGGCACUUUCCCAGCCAAUUGUUGCUGUUUACUGAGUGCGUUGUUGCGCCUGUGUUCGUGUAAGUGUGCAUGUGUGUAGGGGCGUGUGUUGCAGCACACGCGGCUUCUUGUUGUUUCUUGUGUGAUUUUACCCCUUUUUUCGAAUCCGUCAUCAUUCCCCGACCUGCCAGCUCGAGGUGCGGUGAAAACGAAGGGAGUUGGGCCUCUCUCUUGCCACAAAUCAUCAUUUCGACAACCCGCUACUCGACAACCGCGCGAGAAAGAUGGCGCCAUAUCAUGGAAUGUAAUCUGUUGGUUCCGCGGCUUAAACGAAUCAUACGCUUAGCACCGGGCGCGUUGAAAACGGAUUAAUUCUACUUAGCCCUUCGUGUACACACACUCUCUUCUUCGUACGAAGACUCUGGCGUUAGAAUUUUCACAAUGAAGCCGAAAAAGCAGCAAACAUCAGCAUCAGGCGAAAAAAAAUCUUCCGGUGGCGGUGGUGGUGUUGCUUUGACCAGUUCAACGGUAGGAUCGACGGGUAAUGCAUCCGCUGGUCCUGUUGGAACGGAUGCGAAAUCUAAUCCUAGCUCCUCUUCUUCGUCUACGGCAUCUGCAAAAAAACCAGUAAAACGUUUACAGUCUAAAACCAAAGAAGGUGCACCGAAUCUAACUGCAGCUUCAGGAGCUGCAGUUUCAAACACCUCGGCAGUAAACAGCGGGGGAAAGUCAACGGAAAAAAUAUCGAAUACUAAUCAACAAUGCUCCAGUCAGCAACAAACACCACAAUCCGGCAAAUCAAAAUUGUCGGCUACUGUGUCAAAGAGUGUUUCUGGUGGUGAUUCUCCAGAUUCUUCAAAAAUUGACGCUAAACCCCUUACAGAGUCUGAAACAAUUACAAGCUCAUCGACAACGUGCAGCAUAACUGGAGUUGUGGUGGGAAAAUCGGAAACAUUGGGAUCUUCAGUAGGGAAAGGAAAUAAACAGCAUGUCGCAAAAGCGAAUAAAACCGACUCUGUUAAUUCACCGACAUCACAAAACACGACUGUUAAAGCCACUGGCAAGGAUUCUGCAAAUCGGUCCAGAAAAUCUACCAAGGAAACAGUGGGCGCUACGAAACGAAACACCGGACAGACCGAAAAAUCUGAUGCCGCUAAACGAAAACUAUCCGACAGUGGUUGUAAUUCGUCGACGGUCUGUAGCGUAGGUGACUUGGGCGAUAAUCGUUCGAUGACAGCUAGCAUUCCUACGUCAUCAUCCAUCGAGUCAAAGCUGCGGGAAAAGGAAAAGAAAAUCCAGAAAGAGUUAAAGAAUCUCGGUGUCCCGGAUAAAACCAUCAAUCAAUCGAUUGACGCGGCGUAUUUGUUAAAAUCGGCGGAGGAAUCUGUGGUCAACCCUUCAAUCAGCGAAAUGGUCAAGACAAAAUCUCGCACCACGGUCGCUCAGGGCAAAUAUGGAGGGGGUGGAGCAGACAACACGGCUGGUACUGGUGCUGUAGGAAGAAAGCCAUCCGUAACAUCAGAAGAGCCAGCGCCGUCGGUGGAAGGGGAAUCGGUAGAAAAAUCAACAAAAGAAUCUAUUUCUUCUGGUGGAAAGUCGAAGAAAACAGUUACGCUGAAAGUGGACCAACAGCCAGCAGAAGGUCAAAAGAAAAUGAGUGGAAAAGGAUCAUCGACGAAGGAUGUGGAUGAGAAACUCGCCUCGAAAUCGACACGGAAGGAUGAUAAGACAACACCCACCUCGGGCUCCGGUGGCAAUGCCGCUACAGUGAAAACGUCUUCAGCUAAGGGAGCGGGUCAGGGUGCCAAGUCUAACAAAAAAGCAAACAACUCAUCCGGAUCGUCCGAUUUGAAGCAAAAUAAGCCCGGUAUCUCUGAGUCUGUAUCAAAAAUCACUGAGCAGCAGAAAAUGGAUGACACCUCGGAACUUCCUGUUGUCAAACAAUCCGCAGAACAGGAAGGUUCUUUGACGAUUGGUCGGGGUAGUUCAAUUGAGCAAGAGGACCAGGAGGAAAAGAACGAAGAGGUUCACAUUAGAAUAGAUAGCAUAGUGAAAGCACUGGAGCGCGAAGAUAUUGAAACGUCCAGUGCCAUCAAGAAGGAGUCAGCUGAUGAAUCAAAAAAAGAUGGCUCAGGUGAUGGGGUAAUAGCUAUACCGGCUGCACAAAGUAAAAGUCUACAUGAAAUAAAAACCAAAAAGCAGCCAACACCACGCAAGCCGUCAGCAAAGAAAGAUUGCUCAGCCGCCUCUUCAAAAUCGAAGGCAAAGGAAAUGAACGAAAAGAAGAAGGCUGCUGUAGUUGAUCAGGUCUGCAAGAAGGAGGUGAAGUUUCAGGAACAGCCGCCGCCAGCAUCUCCAGCGAAGCGAAAGUAUGCAAAAAAACCAAAAUCUGGUACGGAAGACACUGGAAGUGGUGAAAAACCGGCAAAAAUGGCAAAAUCCACUACGCCAAAGAAGGUGAAUAGUGCUAGCAAAGUGAAACAAGCAAACGUGAAGACAAAUACUAAAACCCACCCAUUGGCAGCAACAGAACCUUCUCUCCCAUUACCCAGCGUCGUUAAUGAUGAAACAUCUUCGACCGUUCCAUCAAAGGAUAUCAAAGCUAUCGAUAGUUCUUUUGCUGCUAAAGAAGAGGUCGCUAGUACGGCCACUGCAGUUUCCAAUCGCGAUCGCUCGUCGACAGAAAAUGAUGACGACGUGCCGCUGCGACAGCUUCAACAAAAACAAAACCCUGUGCAAUCGGUUAUGGAAGCUACUGCAUCGAGCACUGUCAAAAAUUCAGCAAUCAGUCAGCCUUCACAGCCAAAGGAUGGGGAAAAGGCGCAAGAUCAGACUGAAGAGAGAACGAAAGAAGAUUCCUCGGACGUUGGACCGGAAACAAAUGUUCCUCAAAGCGCAAGCGGUCCAAUUCUUGCCGGGUUACUUAAAAGCUCCGGAAAACAAGGAAAGCGCUCGUACGCACGGAAGAAUUCAUCCAGUGGUACAAGCGGUAAAAGCACGAAGGUAUCAGUGAGCAGCGGCCCGUGCUCUGUUCCAGCCGUUCCUGAGGAAUGUCAUUCAAAGGAGGGCAAAUUAGAAAAGAAAGAUGUGUAUGAUUUUGAUGAUUCGGAAAGCGAAAUUGAUGCACCGGUUAAGGCCGGGAAACCCAAUUUCAAACGCAAGUCUUCAGUAGACGUUAGUCAAUCGCGCGAGGAUAUUUCACGGGAUACUACAGAUGACUCACUAACGGCAAAGCCGAAAAUUGUGGAGGGAAAGAAGGAAGAAAUUCGAUCUAAUCCGCCUGGAGCUGGCAGUGAUGGUGAGAGAGAAAAGGCCGAUGAAGACGAUAACAAGAAGCGGAUCGUUCCAUUAAAGAAACAGAAGCGACGCAUAGAAGCUGCACUGUCAGAGACGGUGUCCUCGAUGAAAAAGGAACAAAAAACUGGUGAAUCCUCUGAGUCUGAAAAAGAACAGGACGAUGCGGAUUUGGCAGAGAAGAAGACGAAGAAGAAAGCAGCUACGCUUACAAAAAAGCUCAAACAGGAAGCGAAGGAAGACUUGCAUUCCUCUGCAGAUGAGGUGGAUGACGAUGAUGAGGGUGAAGAUGAUGGCGAAGAUGACGAGGACAACGGCAGCGGCGAUUCUGACGGCUGCUCGUCCACCGAUACAGUAAGAACCCGUAUUGCGAAAAAGCGCCAGUCGGCAAAGAAGCGCAACGUUAAGCUGUACGGUUUUUGGUCGGGUCCUAAACGACAUCGCGUUGCAUCGCUGAACGCUUUGGCCAAGGUACACUGCUUGUAUGAGAAUGAGAUGCGCGGCGCGCUUGAGGCAAGCUUAAUGAGCCAGUCGAGCGGGUCGCGUGUCAUCCGCACGAUCACUAAGGAUGGGGAGCGCAUAAAGAAGGAGCGCAUCUGUCCGGAAGAGGAGAGUGCUGGGGAGGAGAGUCGCUCCGGAGAGACUGUAUCCAGUGAAAUGGCCCCGCAUGGCAAAGGGAAAGAGCCAGAGCAGAGUAAAAGCAAGGAACCAGAACGAAAGGAGCCCGACAAGAAGCGUGAGGAAAAGAAGGAAACCCCAAAACAGGAAAGGAAGGAGGCGCCAUCCCAUCAGCAGAAGCAAGCGGAUGAAGCAGCUCGCGAAGAAGUAAAGCCGAAGGUCAAAGAGGAAGCACCCAAAAAGGACAGCGAUCAAGAUAGUGCGGAAUCGAGCGAAGAGGAACCAGUCGUUAUGAGAAAUCUUCGAUGUGCGCCAGGACUUCGUGGAGCCGGCAAACAUUGGGAUCCCGAUGCUUCCAGUUUGGAGUCGGAGAUCGAACAAUUACCGGAUAGUGAUGAGACGUAUGCCCAGGGUAAGGAUACUGAUCCCACUAGAAAACGCAAGGUGAAAAAGAAGGUAGCGCGUAAGAGUAAGGCUAAGUCCGCGACUGUGCAAACAAAGUCCGAAAAAUCCGAGAAGGACAAAGAGAAGUCGGAGAAGGCGUCCGAAAAGCAGGAAAAAGCACCGAAACCUCCGGGGAAAAAGAUUAAGAAGGAACUGAAAGCCUUGAUGACAGACAACGAGCGCCAAGAAGAGGGAGCAGCCAGCUCGUCGUCAAGUGGAUCGGAGAAAGUGGAAAGUGCAAAAAAUAAACAAGACGAUGUAGCCAAGAAGCGCAAGCGUGAGCCAAAGACCGAAAAGGCCGAGCCUGGUGGUGACUACAAAGAGUACAUUGGCAAGAAACGCAUGGCGAGUCUGAACGCAUCUGCAAUGAUGGCGGCAACCUACGAAGUGCAGCGAGUACUAUACCGUAAUACCGACUCCAGUGACUCGGAAUGCUCGACUGAAAAGGCACCAAAAUCGAAGAAAACUACCAAGGAUUCGAAAGAGCACAAAGACAAUGCGGCCGUGUUGUCGGCAACUAAAGGAGAUACCAAGGAGAAAAAGGAAUCUAUUGGAGAGAAGGAGUUACGAAUCGAUUCAGAUUUGCAAGCAAGCCAGCAGGUCUCAGCAGCGCCGCUUGAUGUCAAACAAAUAGAUAUGUCAGUGGAAUCUAUGUGCUCCAAUCAGCCAUCGACGUCGAAUGCCUUGGGAACAAUAUCAGUCGCUCAGCAGGAAGUGUUGACUAAGAAGAAGAAAGUGGUCAUCAAGACGGAACCGAUGCGCGAUCGUAAGGACGAUCCAAUGGAGGUAAAACGUGAAAUAGAAGAGCCUCGCCCAGUGUCGAGCAAUUUAGUUAUCGCGCAAGACACGGAAGUCACGAUUACCGGUGUGUACGUGAACUCUUCACUGGGAGCAAACCAGGAGGCGUACUGCAAAAUGCAAUACCGUGUGCAGCAAAGCGUUACCGAGGAACGAUUGGUACGACCGGGUGAAGCGCCACCCAAAUCCUACACACCGUUAUCGGCCCUCUCUAGUAUGCGACCACCAAACGAUCAGACUCUAUCAACUCCGCCUCUGUUCGUACAACCAGCGCAAUGUGACUCGCCGCUAGGACCUCCGAGAGCAUUCUAUCCUCCGCCCACGUCCUCAUCCGGCAGCUCAAGCGCAUUCUGUGCACCGAUGCCGCACGACAGUCCAGGUUACUAUCAACCGGCUGGUCCGCUGAUAUCGCCUCACCUACUGGGUCAGCCGCCGUCGCAGCACGGUCCGAAAAGUGGUCCGGAUGGCGAGGCGCUCCUGCAGAGCCCCCAGCAACCGCCCGCGUCUUCUACGGCCGACAGUACGGACAGCGACGUCCUGCUGACAGGUGGUGGAGUUGACCUGGGGGGUCAUCGCUCCCAGCCCUACGGUGCAUCCCGGUACGGUCCGGCGACCGGUGCUGGUGGCCCACCGACCAAUCUCUACCCCCGCCCAAUGCAGAUGCACUGUCCGCCGACGUAUCUGCCGCCCGGGUACUACGCACCGUCUCCCUACGGACCACAGCCGCCCCCACCCCAUGGGCCCCCGCCGGAGAUGUACUACACGCACGCCUACUCACCCCACUACUACCCAAAGUUUGCUCCGCCCUACUAUCCGACCUCCCGGCGGUACUACCCCGGGCCCGGACCGGGUCCGGAGCAUCACCUGUACGAGCAGGCACCACCACCACCCAGUAGCGCACAGGGACCGCCGGGACCGCCGCCACCACCGUCCGGGGCACAACUCGUACCUGCUGGACCCCAGGGUCCUCAGCAUCUGGAUCACUAUCCGUACUCGCCAUAUCCAGGGUAUGGUAGUCCAGGGCCCGGCUCAGGUGGCCAGUGUUAUCCUCGCAACCUACAGCACCCGCCGCCACCGCCUGCGUAUAUGGAUGCGCAUUACACAACCAAUUGUCCAUGUCCGAUGCAGUGUCCAAAAAACGUCAAUGCUGGGUCCCUUAUUGGUAUCAAGGCCAGUAAGGGCCCAGUAGCCACAAACAACCAUAUCGUACAAAACCAGCCGAGCACGAGAAUCAGCACUACUACUGAACCGAUCACGAUAUCGUCUAGCUCGUCCUCCUCGUCGGCGUCGUCCUCCUCGUCUCCAGCGCCGCUCGACAUUCAUGCACCCGUCGUCACCACUACGACAGCAGCCACCACCACGCCCGUCCGGCAGAUGGUGGCCGAUGCCGAAACACCGCCAAAUGCUGCUCCCAAGCAGCAACCGCAUCCAUCACACGGAUAUCACGCACAUCACCAUCACGGGGUACCUUUACCGAUGGAAAUGCAUUCACAGGGACCACCGGUCCAUCAUCCACACACGUAUCCGUACCACUAUCACCAUCACCAUCCGGGUCCGCUGCAUCAUACGCCGCAUGGGCCACUUCAAACGGAGGUUACAACGCCACAAAAACCCGCAGUGACUGCAACGUCCACUUCGCCGGUGACUACUACCAUUAGCUCGGCUACCAAACACAGCACACCGGUAUCAACCGUGUCAACGGCUGCCACCACCGGAAUCAAUGCACACCAUCCAGAGAAGAUGUGCUACAAAACGGAACUACCGAUCAAACCCGAAACCGCGACCGAUCUGCUCUCGACGCCAAUGCACUACGGUAGCCCGUACCAUCAUCCUUACCAUCAUCCAAUGGGCUAUUACCACCAUGCGAAGCUGGCUGAUCUGAAGGAGGAAACACAUCAUGGCACGCUCACGCCACCCUACUCCAUAUCGAGCAAGAUGGCGCUGCUUGAAACUCCCGAUAUGAGCCCGGUUCGGGUGUCAACCGCACUGAACGUGCCUCCCGUGAACGUGCUUGCGAAGGGGGUUGAUUGCAGUGACAAAACACACAGCAAAGAUGACAAACUAUCAGACAUUCCGGUGUCGACGGCGAUCGUGAAGCAGGAAAUCGAAGAGUUUAAGCUCCUGGAACCGCUGGUCGGAGCAGUUUGCAAAAAGGAAGAUUUCGAAGAGACGGGCCCGGCCAUGACGCCGGACCUGCUGGAUGAAUCGAUUGUAAUCAAAAAAGAUCGAGAUGAAAUGAAACCAGUCGACAGGUCGAUCUACCAUCCCGAGCACCAUGUGCCGGUCGAUCAUCACCAAUUGCACCACCAUUUGCAACAGGUGCGUGAUUCCUCGCACAUACCGCACCACCUCCAUCACCACAGUGCCAGUACAAAUCUAUUGCAUGGGUCAUCACCGCACCAUCACCACCAUCUGCAUUCGCAUUACAAUGUGCAGCAGCAGCAGCAGCAGCAACAGCCCUUAAUCACCGGUCUGCUAGUGGAGAAGGAUGAUGUGAAAACCGAUGCCAAACUACCUCCGGAUAGCAAGAGUUUACUCACCGAACUCGUGCUAACGACGGAAGCGUCCAUGGUGGAAACGCCCAAAAUGGCGCAAUCGAUUCCAGCAGCGUCGGCAACAACUGCGGCGGCUGCGAUAACAUCAAAGAUGGACGAAGUCUGCAAAAGCACGGCCCAGCAAUUGAGGGGAAACAGUAGUGAUAAUAGUUUUAAUCUUAGUGAUAGCCUAAUCCCCAACGUUGCUGGCGCCUCCGAACAACUGAGCUCAAUAUCAAAGAACAGUGGUAAAGUACAAUCACAUGACAGCUGUGCUGGCAGCCUAGAUCCUCCCUCGCCGGUACCGAUACCGGCGUCGACCGUCAAACGGAGACCGCUGCUGGUGGCAUGCAAAAAAGCAACACCGAAGCAGUCACCUCCCAAUAGCUAUAAGAAUCUGAUCAAACGUACAAAAGGCCUGGAGGACGAUGAUGACCCGCAGCCGCAGUGUCCGGAACCGGUAGAGCUAAGUGAAGAAGAGGAAGAGGACGACGAAGAAGAAGAGGAGGAGGAGGAUGAGGACGAAGAGGACGAAAACGACGAGGAGGAGGACGAUGAGGAAGCGAAUCCGGAGGAAAAGGUUGAGGAUGUGGAAGACAUCGAGUUGCAGGAGCAGCGCCUAGUGCAGGCAGAAAAGCGAGCACUACAAAGCGAACAGUCAGUGGAUCAAAAUGGUCGCAAACAGCGCCUUAAGAAACGGCCGGUAUCGAAACCACGAAGAAAAAGUUGCAGGAGAAAGCUUCUCCGGACACUAUCGGGAGCACCAACUGAUAAGAAACAGCCUAAGACCACACCGGAGGCAGUUAGCUCGGUACGCACACGAUCAGUCAAGCGGUUCUAUCGGGUGUUCCGUUCGAGCAUUGAGUCGCUGAAACGAUUGCCAGUGUCAAUUCGGGAACGAUUGUUGCGUCGAUCGAGCGUAACGCUCCUAUCGAUCCGCCAAAAUGCCCGCAAAAAGUUCUGCAAAUCACAACAGCAGCCGCAGCAGAGUCAACAACAUUCACCAGCGAUACAAGAAACGAAGGAUAUUGUCUCCCUAUCCGAAACUCAGCCAUUAGUGGCGGCUAGUGAAAGUGAGGCGAAUACUACUGCAACAGAGGUCGAAAACACGAUACCUAACUGCUCUGAAUUACUAUCUUCAAAUGAGCUGGAUUUGACAGCAGACACCAAUAACACAGCAUCCGCUGUCCACACGAAUCAAACAGUAUCGGCACACGCUCCCGUGGAUGCCACAGUUUCAACACUGUCUAAUGUUGAUCGAACGAUCGAUCUCGUGGCAAAAGGCUACUUUUCUGAACCAGAAUUUUUCAGCGGAACAGAUCUGCAAAUCCAUUCGCGGAGUUGGUUAAAGAAACUCAAACAACAGCAGCAGCAAGAGGGACGUUCGCAUUCGGAACAGAGCCGGGGAGCUAAAGGCCGAGAGCGCAACGGGGAAGGCAACAAGAAAAAGUGCAAGUCAAAGUGCUCUCCAUUAGCAGCUGAUGUCCCCUUGCCGGAUACCCCAGCGUCCGGCACUACUAAGAGCAAACAUUCAAAAUCUAAGUCUAAGUCUUCUAAAACUAUGCCCACGGAGAAGGUGGACUUGGUAACGCCUUCCAAUCCAGAAUGUAAAGAUACUAAAAGUACCAAGAAAACAAGUGCUAAGGAACGUAAAAAAGAUCCUUCAUCAAGCAGGAAAAGAAAACAAAAGGCACACACGGACGAUGGUGAUGAGGUGCCGCAUGCUUCGAAACGAAGCUCCACUCACAAUCCUGAACCAACGGUCAGUACAGUGGAAUCCUUGUACCAUCGUGCUACCUCGACGCCCAUCCCCGCUCCAAUCGGCGAAGUUGCUUCUGCAUCGGGUCAUGACGAUCGCGAAGAAGAUGGCAGUAAGGCAGCUGCUCUGUUUGACGACAGUGUAGUUACGCUGAUGGAUCAAUCCUCGGUCAUUGAUGAUCGGGAAACGGACUUUGACGAUGCGGCGACCAUGUUGGUGGAGGACGAUGUGGCAAGCGUUGAUACGAACGUGCUCGUAAAUCGACACAACAAUAAUAAUAACAACAACAACAACAGUGCUGUCACGGACAAGAACUCUGCGAUUGAGGAACAGCAACGUAUUGCUGCCGUACAGCUCGCUCUAAACGCUCCCAUUCAAGCGAUCAUUGCCGAAGGAAAGGAAGGCAGUGAGCUUGAACCACCUGAAGGUAUGGAACCGUUCAUGGACGAACCACUGGAAGAGGAGGAGCUGAAGGCAAACGGACAGCUAAAUGCUGCGAACCAUCAACCCGAAGCGACGGCCAAUGUCCUGCAACAGCCGCCACCUUGUCCGUUAGCGGCGCCUUCGCCGGGCGAUCUACCAGCUUUAAACGCGCACUACGACGAUGAUUACCGGGAGCUAGAAGAGGAGGAACUGUUGCCAAAGCGAGGAUCAAGUCGUUCGGUCAAGCGGCGGCGAUCGCGAUCGAAGACAAAGUCGAAAAAAUUCAGCACGAAAAAACGGCAUCGUCCGUCGACGCACCGGAACAUUGCGGCUGAGUUAGAGGAGCUGACUGUGCCAAUACAUCCAAGCUCUAGCAUACCGCGCUGGAGUAACGGUUGGACGUGGGAAGGACAACCGUUUCAGGGGAUGGUGUUUUUGAACAGUGAUGAUCCACCUGUACUGAGAACAUGCUAUCCAGCGAUGCGACAUCCCUUGGGAGACAUUGUCAAGCCACGUGACUGCGUGCUGUUAAAGGCGGGCAACAAACGCGCGGAGCUGCCAUAUGUUGCAAAAGUAGCACAUCUGUGGGAAAAUCCCGAUGACGGUGAAAUGAUGAUGUCUUUGCUGUGGUAUUACCGGCCCGAACACACCGAACAAGGUCGUCAGCGUACGGACGGUCCGGACGAGGUGUUUGCUUCGCGCCACAAGGAUCACAAUAGCGUGGCUUGUAUAGAGGAUAAGUGCUAUGUGCUAACGUUCAGCGAAUACUGCAGAUUCCGAAAACAACUGAAAGGAAUUGAGGAAAAUAUCGAUGAGCAACCAUCGAUCGUGCCUCCGUUGAGGCGCGAAAACCCGCGCCUUCCACCACCGAUCGUGUCCCCAGAGGCGGUACUGUACUGUCAGCGGGUUUACGAGUUCCGCCAUAAGCGGCUCCUAAAAUGCACCCCUAGUGAAGGUGGGAGUGUGUGCAGCGCACCCAUGCUAGCAAGAGCACGAAGCGGAGUUCGGUCAGUACUACGGCACCGGGAACAGCUGCCGGCGUUACUCUGACUAAAGAUGCUACCGGCUAACUCACUAUCCGUUCGGCCCCUGAAAGCACACGCUGCACACGACAACUGCUUCUACAUAUCCUGGGUCAAAACGCUCCCUCAAACACACACACACACACAAACACAAACGCGCGCACACAUACUUACACUGCGUGAGGAGCAGCUUCUCCAUAUCCGGAUCUAGUCCUGGACGAGUGGGUACCUCACUGCUGCUGUUCCCUCGAGCCAGUAGUGUUGGUAUGCCCGUUCUAUUUUUUUGUUGCGAAAGCAUAAAUCAGUCACCUUCACUUUCGGGAUAAACUUGCCUCCAACGUUUGUGUGUGAGUGUGUGUAUUUAAUAAUUGUAUUAUUAUAUAUUUAUUACAAAACCUUUGCAUCAUGUGUGAGAUCCGGUUGUAAGGUUUCGUUCUACUUUUCCUUUUCUUCUCUUUCCCGAAAUGUCUGUUAUUUAGUUUGAUGAUUUGUUAAUAAUUUUAUUUGUACAUACACUUACUGCAACACCUAGUGUGUCUUUUUGCUAAUGUACAAUUCAAUUGUAUGUUGCCCUCCCCCCCCCCCCUCCCCCUUCCUAAGAUCACCCAGUAGCCGCAAAAUCGGCCAACAUAGACUCUAAGACAAAUGGUUCCAAAUUAUCCCAGGAUGCGUAAUAGGAUGGACCUAGUGAAAGGUUAACUAGCGUUCGGUCACGUUCCUAUGUGAUGAGCGCGUUCUAGUGUGACAAACACAUUUCCCAGACAAUCCCACACACACACACAUAUAUAGAGAAACAAAAGUGGACGUAAGGAAAUGUUGCUAAUGAAUCAACGUUCAAAGGUGUGGGGCGCCAUCCAGGCAAUAAGAAGGGAUAAAAUUAACACAAUUUGAGCGAAUUAUUUGAGAAACUGCAUUUGAUAUUACAACAUUACACUAUACAUAUAGAAAUAUACAUACGCUACGGCAGCCAAUUCCUGGGGCAGGAAGUAUUUCAGAUUAAGCUCUACAGUAUACAGUGUUCAUUGUGCGAAAUGCGGCUUGCCCGUUCAAAGUUUGAAACAAUAACAAACAGGAGGCGAAAACGUUGUACUAAAAAACCUGUCGGUUGAUGAUGAUGAUGAAAGAUGAUUAACGUUGAGGAAAGAUUUAAUAGGUAUACAAACAUUUAAAAAGCAUAUUAUAUAUGAUUAUAUACAUACAACCUUAUAUAUAUACAACCAGUAAUGUAGAUGGAACAAAAACAACAACAACAACAACAAACAACAACACAAGCUAAGCGUAAGAAACUAAUUGUUAUUAAGACAGGUUAAGCAUAUACAGUACCUUAUUAUUUAACUGAUAACUUGCUGUAGGAUUGAGAGAAUCAGACAAGACAAGGAAAAGAAAAAGAAACGUAUUGUAAAACAGCAGCCACGAUGGAGCAUAGCUUUUACUGACUGACGCGAUUAAUGCAAUUGAAAAA